AUGCCGGACGAGCUGACGGAGCCCGGGCGCGCCACGCCGGCCCGCGCCUCCUCCUUCCUCAUCGAGAACCUGCUGGCGGCCGAGGCCAAGGGCGCCCGGCGCGCGGCCCAGGGCGCCGGCGGCCGCGAGGACGAGGAGGAGGACGACGACGACCCGGAGGACGAGGACGCGGAGCAGGCGCGGCGGCGGCGGCUGCAGCGGCGGCGGCAGCUGCGCGCGGGCGCGGGGCCCGGCGGGGAGGCGCGGGCGCGGGCGCUGCUCGGGCCCGGCGCGUUGGGCCUCGGUCCCCGGCCGCCCCCCGGGCCCGGGCCGCCCUACGCUCUGGGCUGCGGCGGCGCGACGCGCUGGUACCCUCGGGCGCACGGCGGCUACGGAGGCGGCCUCAGUCCGGACACCAGCGACCGGGACUCACCGGAGACGGGCGAGGAGAUGGGCCGCGCCGAGGGCGCCUGGCAGCGGGGCCCCGGGCCGGGAGCGGUGCAGCGAGAGGCGGCGGAGUUGGCGGCGCGGGGCCCGGCGGCCGGCGCGGAGGAGGCGGCGCCGCCGGCCGAGGCCCCGGCCGCGGCGGGCGAGGGGCGCGGCGGUGGCGUCGGCGUGGGCGGCGGUCGCAAGAAGAAGACGCGCACGGUCUUCUCGCGCAGCCAGGUCUUCCAGCUCGAGUCCACCUUCGACCUGAAGCGCUACCUGAGCAGCGCGGAGCGCGCCGGCCUCGCCGCCUCCCUGCAGCUCACCGAGACGCAGGUCAAGAUCUGGUUCCAGAACCGCCGCAACAAGUGGAAGCGGCAGCUGGCGGCCGAGCUGGAGGCGGCCAGCCUGUCCCCGCCGGGCGCGCAGCGCCUGGUCCGCGUGCCGGUGCUGUACCACGAGAGCCCCCCGGCCGCGGCCGCCCCCGGGCCCCCCGCCGCCGCGCUGCCCUUCCCGCUGGCGCCCGCCGCGCCCGCGCCGCCCCCGCCGCUGCUCGGCUUCUCCGGGGCCCUCGCCUACCCGCUGGCCGCCUUCCCGGCGGCCGCCUCCGUGCCCUUCCUUCGGGCGCAGAUGCCCGGCCUGGUGUGA